UAUUUUCUCUUCAUGUUUUUCAGCUAAUUAAAUAAAUUAAGCUCGUAAGUCGUAGUAAACAAUUUGUAAGAUGGAACCAUAGUUCAAUAACGUGUGACCGCUGUGGUCAUACAUUUAAGCAUAAAAAAAACUUGAUCAAGCAUUUACAGCUCUGUAUGUAUGAGUGAACAAAAAGAUAGUAAUGGUAACGGUAAGCGAUAAUAGGUACUUCAAAAAACCAUGUAGGAUGGGAAAAACUCAUCAUAGUCAUCAUAAGUUCUUGUCUUACUAUGCUAUUUUCUUACAGAGAUGAAAACCAGAAAAAAUCGAAAUCACAUUUUAUGUGCUGUCUGUAAAUAUCCGUCGGCUUCGAUGAAACAAUACCAUUCGCACUUAUCUAACGUACAUCAAAUUUCCACUCCUAUUGAAACUUUGAAUUUUGAUUCUGAAAAAGAAAACCGAACCAAAAUACUGUUUCUUUACUUAUUCAAAAUGUUAUGAGCUGAAGAUAAUUGAUAAAACUCUUCCACGAAGUGAUAAAGGAGUGAUGUCAAAGCUCUGCUUCGAUAGCAUCUGUAGUUAUGACGUCACUGACUAUCCCUGGAAAGUAGGACCUAUUCCUCUAAUGAAGUGUAGCUGAAAUAAUUCUGAGAAACGUCGAAACGAAGUUUUUCGUCGAUUAUCUUACUAAUUUUUAAAAUUUUUGCAGUUAUUAUUUCACGAUGAGUUUUAGAGCAUUAAAGUCAAGUGAUCUUCCUUAACGAAGAUUACAUUAAUGUCUGUCUGCAAGUGUAGAAUUUUCUUUUUACGUCUCAAAAUUUGUCCUUAAAAUGCUAGAACGUUUAGUAGCAUGGGUUUUGAACAAUUAUCUUGGAAAGUAUGUAGAAAAUUUGAAUACAGAUCAGCUGAGUAUUGCUCUUUUACAAGGUUCGGUUGAGUUGGAGAAUUUACCACUGAAAAAAGAUGCAUUUUCACAUUUUGGUUUACCAUUACAUCUAAAACACGGUCUGAUCGGUAAAGUAAAGUUGAAAGUUCCAGUCACACAACUCAGAAGUGCGCCAUGGAUUAUAGUUGUUGAAGAAUUGACCAUCGUCUUAACACCUCUAUCUCUCAGUGAAUGGGAUGAAGAAGCCGAAGAAAAUGCUGCAAAUGAGUAUAAACUUAGUUUAUUGGAUUCCAUGGAAGCGAAUUGGAGAUCUGCAGUAUGCAGUUCCGGUCAGGAUUCAAGCUAUUAUGCUUCUAGUUAUUAUUCUUGGUUCAGUUAUGGAUCUGGUUUGGUGACAAAUAUCAUUGAGAAUAUUCAAUUGGAAAUAAAAAAUGUGCAUCUACGAUACGAAGAUAACGUUACGACUGAAAAACCAUUCACCUUGGGAAUAAAAAUAGAUUCGUUAUCGGUGCAAAGUUGCAAUGAAGAGUGGAGUCCGGGAUAUACUUGCUGGGAUGCUGGAGGAGAUAAACAUUCUUUUCAGCUUCUACAACUUGAUGGAUUUUCUGUUUAUUUUGACGAUUAUCCUGAAUGUGAUUUGAACAAUUUAGAAAAUUUCACAGAAUCAGGUGCUGAAAAAGAAACACAUGAUUACAUUUUGCAACCAAUUUGUGCGGAAGCUCAUAUCAAACGCAAUCGGAGUGCUGUGCCCUUGCGUUCGCGAACACAGCCUCGAAUCAUUUGUGAUUUACAGCUUCAAAAUUUUUUAAUUUCCAUUACCGAUGCUCAGUACGUCCAGUUGGUUCAUUGUUCCAAAGGCUUGAAAAGAAUACAACGAUGUCGUAAAUAUAUUAGAUUCAGACCAUCAUGUAGUGUGCAUGAAAAUCCUAGAACAUGGUGGCUCUAUAUGCUUAAAUGUUAUCGCUAUAAAAUGCGUGGCACGAUUAAUAAGGUCAUUUCGUGGGACCAGUGCUUACUCCGGGCCAAAGAAAAUGUCUCUUAUGUGAAAAUGUACAUGGAUUUAUUGUCAAAUAUCACUUGCCCGACAAAUUUACCGGCAGAUUUGAAAGAAUUGAAAAGUAAAGUGGAAUGGGAAAGAGGAUACGAUGAGCUGAGAAGUUUGAGAGAAGUUGCCAUGUUCAGAAUUAAAAGUCCUAGUGCUGUUUCUGUCAAUGAGAAACUCUCUAAUACCGGCGGCACUACUUUAUUUCAAUGGUUUCCGCAGUGGUGGGGAUGGUAUUCAACUACUGAAAACUUGGAAGAUAGUAAAUCUGCGAAUAAUGAAGAUAAAUCCAAAAUAGAUCCGCAGCUGGGAAAAAUCGAAGAUGAAAUUUUGGAUGCGAUUGCUGAUACUGUUGAAAAUAAUACUAUUCUUAGAAGAGACACGGUGUUUGGUCAGUUCAAUUUCACUUUAAACGAGGGUAAUAUUCGAUUGAACUCGAUUGAAGCUGGCGAAAGAAAAUGUGUUAUGGAAUUAUUAUUCAACAAUGUGCGUUUAGAACUGGAAUCUAGACCGAGAAGUAGCUCAUCCAGAGUGCAUGUUUCAUUAGGAAGCGUGAUACUGAAUGAUUAUUUGACUGAGAAUUCCCUAUUUCCAGUCUUAAUUUCCCCUCAAAACAGUGAUGAUGCCCCUAGUGGAAGAGUUAAUCGUAAUGUUCCCGCUACUAUUGCUAAAUUAUUAACCCAUACCUCAGUUAAUACAUUGAAUAGUAAAUCAACGGAGCCAUUAUUUCAAUUAACUUACGAAUACAAACCGUUUACCUCUACUAGUGAUUACAAGUUACAUAUCAAAUCUCAAUCGUUAGAUAUUGUUUAUAACGCUGAUGCUCUGAAAUGGCUUCUGGAUUUCUUUGUAAAACCCCACCAAAAAUCUGAAAUGGAAAUCAAAAGAGCUGCCAAAAUGCGGUAUUAUUCGAUGAAACAAAAAACCAAAGAAGAAUUUCUCAAGAAUUGGGAUCACAUAUUGCAAGGGCAUCCGGCGAAUAAAAAACAGUGGGAUGUUAAAUUAGAUAUUUCAGCCCCUCAGAUUUUCUUAGUUGAGCAUUUUUCGGAUCGUAAUACAAUAAUUUGCAUUAUUGAUUUUGGAAAACUAUAUUUCACGAAUUGCCAAGAUUUGGUCACUUUUCAAACUAGUGUGCAUGCUCCUUGUACUCAGAAUUCCACUGAGUUGGAUAUCACAGAAGACGACGAAGAAGCGUUUGCAACCCCUUGUUCGACUCCACCAGGAAGCGAGGUGAGUGAGAACUCUGAAAGCCGUAGAAUUUCCUUCGAUGAAGCUACGAGAAACGUUACCAAUUCCAUUAAUGAAUCUAAUUUUCACGGUAAAAUAUACGAAAGUUAUAGAAUUGAAUUUAACGAAUUACAAGUGCUUCUUGGGCGUAUGAAAGAUAACUGGAAAUUUGCUCAUUUGAAGGGAACAUCUUCGUUGCAUGUCUUGGAUCGGUUCAAUAUUUCUUUACAAGUUGAACGAAGAGUCAUUCAUACCACCGACCCACAGUAUCCUGCGCUCAUGGUUUCAGGCAAUUUACCAAAAUUAAUUGUACACGCAAAUGAGCACAAGGUGCAAGCUAUGCGGUCUAUUUACGACACCGUUGUAGGAUAUUGGGCGCAAACACCAUUUCGAGCAUCUGAUACUUUUCCCGAUGAUUUUGGCGACGAAGUAGACGCGAAGCAUGAGGAAGAAACACCACCAACAUACGAUAUACCGUUGCUUAACGACAAUCCCGAUUCUAAAUUAUUCUUGAUACAGUUUAUUAUUGAUCAGUUAGCUCUUGAAGUUCAAUCUCGUGGUCGAAGUAUCGCCGAAUUACAAGUUUCUGGAGUAAAAGCCACGCUCACUAAAAGACCAGUUGAUACUAGUUUAACUUUGAGUGUGCAUAGUUUACUUUUAGUCGAUGCUUUGCAAACUUUUGGACCAGACUUUGAACUUUUAUUAGCGAGUCAUAAACAUGUUGGAAUGGAUAGUAUGAGCGGAAGUCUGAAGGACAGUGAUCCAACAUCGCCGGUAUCUCCUGGUUCACCCGAUCCUUGUGCUGUUAAAAAUAAAGUUACCACACCGAUUACUUUACAGCAAGCUUUAUCUAGUCUAAAUUCCAAAGAUGAAACUGCAGAAUCAACUCCGAUAAAAAUGAUUUCGGCAUCUCCGAUGGGCGAUGCUGUCUCUGGGGUGACAACUUUACCAACAUUUUCUGAUACCGAGGCGCUGAUUUUGGUUGAUAUAGUAUUCGUUAAAAGUAAAAAUGCUUCGAAUGAAGAGCUCUCAGAAGAUAUGCAGAUAGCUUCUAUUCAGUUUAAUAAUUUAGACGUCGUUGCUAAUCAAGAAACUAUUGUAGAGCUGAUUAGUUUCACGAGAAGAGUUAUGUCACUGCUUAAUUUUAACACGAAAUAUCCUCAAUUCGAUACUUCAAAACCUUCGUUUGCCGACACCAUUCAUGCAUCUUCACCAGUUGACGACGAAGCCCGCAGAAAAUCGACGUUUGGAGAACCUCAUAAGUUAUUUUCUGUAUCUGUGCCUGCCCUAACAAAAACUGAAUUGACGUUCGAUUUUCAUCGUUUGAACAUCUUGUUAUUGCGAUCAGUAACCUUAGAUUCAGGAAUGGCCGUUGCUCGUAAAAUCGCCACCGCUACGAUGACUGAUGCUAAAAUUCAUGCCACUGUUGGGGAUGAUUUAUUCAUCGAAGGAUCGUUGGGAGGCUUACAAGUACUUGAUCUCACAGCAGAAGGACAUGUUCAUCAGCGAAUCUUCAGUGUUGGUCAAGAUCCGUUGAAGGCCGAACGUUGUGUUGUUAGCCGUGAAAAAAGACCUAGCGCUUUGUUCGAACAUUUGAGUGCCGAUAUUUAUAACAUCAAAAGUAAAAAUUCAUCUGAAAAAUCCUUCGUACCGGCAGCGGAUCACGUUCAAGCGUUGAAUUUUACGUUAGAAAAAUCAUUGAGCAAUAAAUUCAGUGAACACGAUCAAGAUAUAGCCGAAAUUAAGGUGAAAUUUUCGUCCGCUCUGUAUACACAUGCUCCUCAUUUCGUAGCCGAAUUAAGCAAUUAUGCGACCGAAUUUAAGCAAUACUUGAAAAAUCUCGCUCGGUCUAUUGGAUCUGCCGCUACAGAAAUGGCGCUGGGAUUAGUUCACGCUCGGGCGGAAGCGUUGGCUCAAAGUUUAUCAGCCUCGAAAGGUCAUUCACUGCACGGAUCCAUAACAGAUUUACAACCUCCUACUCCCCGAAAACAUUGGAUGUACAGUCCAUCGAUAGAUGUCCCGACUGAAUUGAAUACCUCGUACAAUACCAUGAGUCCGGCCGAUUAUGAUGCUUAUCCUACAAAAAUCAAGCUAGAUUUGAUCAUUGACAGUCCCACCAUCAUUUUGCCAAGAUUUGCUACCAGCUAUGAGGUAUUAGUAGCUCAUCUGGGACGUAUUUAUAUUAAUAAUGAAGACAGCGAUGAAGUUACCGGAGAUCGUGGAUCUUUAUGGACAGUCAAGGAUCGAUAUAACUUUGAAAUUAGAGACAUGAAUCUGUAUUCGUUGAACAUCGAAAACAAAAUUCAAGUUUUUACUUUCAAAGGCGACAGCAUACCGUUGAUCGGUGACUGUCCUCCAUCUAUGAAAGCUGAAGACAUUUACGACUGUAAAACCGAUGGCAAGCCAAUACUUCACGAUACCGUUAUACAACUUUUUGUAGAAAGAGAUUUAAAGAUGAAUGGACAAGAUUUGAAUUUUGUUGAUAGUUUGAAAACUGAAGAUAAAUCCGAGAGUAUUCUUAUCAGUGGAAAAAUUACCACUCCGUUGAAAUUUUCAUUGACCAGGCAACAAUACGAGCAACUUAUUGAAACAGUGAAUAAUGUAUUGUAUACCAUGGAAAAAGGCAGCGUUAGUGACAGCGUUAGGUAUCAGGAUGAUAUGUCGAGCACUCUGCUACCAAACAUUGCUGAAGAAAGUGAACUUCGCAGCAACGUGUCAGCUCUUGAUUUAGAUCCAGCAUUACGGGCAAAAAUGCUCCAACGCCAUUCUUCGUUGAAUGUGCGUAGAAGUUUAACGUACGACAUUCCUCAAGUUUUUUAUAACGUGAACUUUCAAGUACCGGUGUUUACGGUCGAAUUGAAAGCAGAUUUUGGUAGCGGUGAAAAAGGUCUAGUGGAGCUUUCUUUUCGAGAUUUCGUCAUGCAGUAUGACAAAUGCAAUCAGUUUGAAACUGCUAUUCAGAUGUCCUUGCAGUCAUUGGUUAUGGAAGAUUUGCAACGCGAGCCAAAUUCCAAGUAUCGUUACAUGAUGAUGUCAUCGACCGAUUCAUCGGUGUGCCAACCAAGUGUAGAUUUUAUUUCAUCGUCGUGUCCUGAUUUAUUAGCAUUUCAGAGCUGCGAUGCAAUUUCUAAUGUUGGAAAAUUACCGUCUUCCUUACCUGAUUAUUUGGAAACCGAAACGGUUUUUGCUGGAUUUAUGAAAAAACCAUCUUUGUUUUGUGGCGAUAAAAAAGAAAAUAUGAGUUACCAAUCUCGUAGUAAACAGGGCGAGAGGUAUCCUUCAACUCCGCCACCCUCUCCUAGAGAAAGAAGACAUUCCACGAUGUUUAACGAAGACAAUCUAGUCCAUAUCAGUGUGAUACUUUAUAGUAAAGAUUCAGAGCAAUUUUUCUGCAACAAAGUUUAUAGAAAAGUGAACGUAAAUUUCAAUAGUUUGGAUAUGAUUGUAAAUUUCCAAUCAUGGGUCGUAAUGUUGGAUUUCUUCGGUUUGGGAGAUGAUCAAUUGACUCCCGCUAAUCCUGUAAGCUACAGCAAACCAGCAUCCAGAAGAGAUUCGUCGGUAUCAUUUAUGACUGCUUUCGAAUCGGAAAUGUAUUGCCAACAACGUUCGGAGUUGGAUAUCACUAUUAGAUCGUUGUCAUUGAUUUUAAAUCGGACUGAUUACGAAGUAGCUAAAGCGAAUGUUUCAAAGUUGAACGCUCAUAUCACCAGAGAUACCAAUUCUUCAGCUGUAGGGGACGUUACGGUGAUGGAAGGUAAAAUUGAAACCAUGAGUAUCCAUGACUUAACUCCUACUCAUGGUAAACUUUAUAAUGAACGGUUUAUCACUUCCGAACUCGACUUUUACAUGAAACGGUACAGUAAACCGGAUCGAUUAUUAACUCGAGAUUAUGACAUUGAUCUUAAAAUUAAUAUGCCCUCCGUAACGUACACGCAUACCCAAAGAUUUACUUUCGAUUUGCAAUCCUACUACAGACAUUUUACAAGACUGCAAAAAAUAUUCAAUAAUAUACGAUCUGCAGCUAAAGUGAAUGAUGACUGGGAUUUGCCUACGAGGGUUCAUUUGAAUAUUAGCGCUGCUUCUCCAGUGAUUAUUAUUCCAGUUAGUUCUCAGCAUCGUGAUGUUUUAAUAGUAGAUUUGGGAAAUUUAUCCAUAAUAAAUACUUUUAAAUGGAGUGAUUCGAGCGAUCAAGAUGAAACUCACAUUUGCCUUUUGGAUGUAAUGGAAGUGAAUCUUGUCAACAUGGAUUUGUUUCUCGGCGAAUGGUUCUCAUCAACGAAAUUGGAAGAUGAGAAAACGAUAUUCCUUAAAAAAGAAUCGCUCGAUUUAGGAUCAUACUUUAUCAGUAAACAUGGUUACUCCCUUUUGCAGAAAAAAUGCGAACUCAAACUGAUCGUCGAAAGGAAUAUAUCGUCGCAUAUACAUAAAACCGUUCCUGAUAUGAGCUUUAAUGGAACUUUGUCAACAUUAGCCAUUACUGUUGAUUUGCAACAGUACAAACUUCUGAGAGGAUUGCUGAUGUAUAAUAUUGGUGAAUGCUUAGAUGAUUUGUUUGCUCAAGUAGAUGACGAGUUCUCCUUAAUUGAAGAGUUUCCAACCGAUAUAGUGUGGAGAACGAAUUGCUUGCAUCUAGAUUUGGUCAACGUAAGCGUCACGUUACUGUCAUGUGAUUCUUCUUUUUCUGAUGAUUCACUGGCUUGUGUAAAUUUCAUCAAGUCACACCUCAGCGUAGAAUCAUUUUCCGAUAAAUCGCAAGACGUUGAUCUUGUAUCGCAAGAAAUAUUGAUCACGGAUACCAGAUUUUUAAAAGAACCAGUGAACAAACGAUCAAAUAUUUUUACCAAUAUAUUACAACCUCUUGGUGCUGCCAAUGCCAGAGAUAAUAUUCGAGUUGAGAUUCACCACAGACGACGAGUCGAUAGAUCAAAAUUCACCAUUUUACUGAAUAAUAUGAGACUGAUGGCCAUUCUUGACUGGUGGGAAAUGGUUCGCGAUUUCAUUAUUUGUGACGUUCAACUGGAUAUUCCAGUGAAUAGUAUUGGCAAUAUUGGAAAGAAGAGUAUGCCCUCAAUGGAAGAAGCUAAUCCUAUUGAAAUUAAAUUCAAUGUGACCAAUUCCGAAGUGGUAAUCUUAGAAGAUACAACGCAAUGGGAUUCGAAUGCAGUUAUAUUUAAGAGUACCACGGUUGUUAACUACAAACCUCAGCAAAAAGAUAAAAUCCUUUCUUGCAGUCUAAAUCAUUGCGAAAUGUUUUCUUGUAUUUUGGGCAUGGAAGAUGAAACCGCUUUGUCUAUCAUUGACCCAGUUACGAUUAAUGGUGAAUUAAGUACUCGUCCCGAUGAGACUGGAGAUUUAAUUAAAACUCUUCAAAUUUGUUCACAUCAGCUAUGUUUGCGUUUAUCCUAUCACGAUGUGCGGAUGUUCACUCAAAUACUGAAAUCAUUACCAAAACAGACCGCUUGGGCGAAAAAUCGAGAUAGUGUCGAAGAAGACAGUAUAGAAUUGCCAGCUAAUGUGAAAAAUCAAGUGAAUAAGUUACACGCAUUAGGCUUCAGCGUCGAAGAUUGUUUGAAAGCGUUGGAAAAGUGUGGUGGUAAUUUGGAUAAUUCAGCGUUAUGGUUGACCCAAAACGCGAUGCCUCAAACUCCACAUAGUAAUUUCUUAGAUUUCACUUCCGCUCAUGAGUCUUAUUUAGAUAAUAGUCCUUUUUCUGCCGGGGGAAGUAAUGAUAUUACUAUGUUUUUCCAGCAAUUAGAGUUGAAGACUGAUUGUUUGAACAUCUGCAUUAUUGACGAUUGCCAAGAUUCAGAUGUACCUUUAUUGGAACUAUCGAUGGCUAAUUUAUUUUUCAAAAAAGAUUUCGAAACUCGUUGCGGUCAAGCACGGUGUUCUUUCUCAGUCGAUUAUUAUAAUCGAAUUCUUUCUGGAUGGGAACCCUUCUUGGAACCUUGGAGUUGUCAUCUUAAUUGGAAUCAUUCGUCGAGCACUGAACUGACUCCCAAGAGGCUGGUAUUAAAUGUAUCGGCUCACGAUGUAUUGAAUGUGAACAUCACUAGCACCUUGAUCGAUUUGUACAAAAAUGUAAAAGAAGCUUGGGUUCAAGACUUGUACAAUCCUAAAGAGAGAAUUGAAACUGAAAGUAAUCGCCAAAGUGGAAUCUCCGGAUACAGAAGAAGAUCGCCGUUCGUUCCUUUUGCUUUGAAAAAUGAAACUGGUUGUUUACUGUCUAUCUCAACAUCAGUUGCUGCCGGAAAUUGCUCUCUGGUAUCUUCACCUGAAUCGACCCAUGGAACAAGAAUGGAAGAAGAUAGUGUUUGGCAUACGGUAACUUCUGGUGAAACCAUACAAUUUUCUUUUGGUGAAAGAGAUAAACAUAGACAUCGAGACACUCAUAUGGUGAAGCAUCAUCAAAUUACUGUUAAAGUUCACGGUUGGAAACCAGUCAAACCCGUAUCUGUUGACAAAGUAGGAGUAUAUUUCAGACAUGCUUCUCCUGAUGACUGCUCAUUGGAUAGUUGCGAUUUGCCUCAAGCUCGCAUUGUUUUUGAUGUUACAAUGGAAGGAUCGGCGCGUAAAUUGAUCACCGUGAGAUCUGCUCUGUUAUUAUAUAAUCAAUUACAACUUCCUGUUGAGAUAAAAUUGGAAAAUACACCAGCAGCCCAUUCGCGAGAUCCUUUGACGUAUAAUUUUAUCGUAUCAUCGGGAAAAUGUGUUCCGGUUCCAUUGAUAUAUACUCACGCUCAAAUUUCAUUGCGACCAUUAAUCCCGGAGAAAUCGCCGCAAGUAUUUUACGCAUUCAGCGAUCCAAUAUUUUGGCAAAGAGCCCAAAGACCUGGUGAUUUGAUCGAAGAAACAAGACAAUGCCACAGUAAUAAAGGAUCGAGCUAUAGAUUUUGCGGUGUGAUCCGAAGAGAGAACUAUCCUCACGACUAUUUCAUUCCUCCUGCGUCGUCGAGUAACUCAUGGAAUCAAUCUAAUCAAAUGAUUAGUUCUGUGUGGACUCAUCCCGGUCAUGUAAUUACGUUUAUUAGUCCGAUGAUUAUUGUAAACCUACUGCCGUAUGAUUUACAUUACAUCGCCAACGAUGUCGAAAGCGGUAGAAUUGCACCUGGGCAGCAAAUAUCUUUGCACGAGGUGAGCCAUGAAAUCGUCACCGAGAUCAUAUUUUACCUAGAAAGUUAUCCAGGCGUUGGAAAAAUUCUAAUACAAACGCCUCCAGUUACUUCAACAUCGAUGCUUAAACUACAAGAUCAUUCGGGUCGCAAGUUGCAUUUAAAUGUUUCAGUUUCUGUACACAGAGGAAGUGAAAUAAAAGUUACGGUGUAUGCUCCUUAUUGGAUCGUCAAUAAGACAGCUCUUCCUUUGGUGUUUCGUCAAGAAGGCGUACCUACUGAAACUGCUGGUCAAUACGAAGAACACGAGAUUGCUCGUAUGGUUGCUCCGUUAAUGUUUUCACUUACAGAUGCCGAGGCUAGUCCUACUGUUGUGGCUAGAGUAGGCUCCGGAGUACAUACUGAUGGUAUACCUCAUUGGUGUCAACAUUUUCAUAUUCAUGUCGGCGUGCAAGUUCGGCGUUUACGUGUGUCCUUGAGAGAUCACAGACCCGAUGCAGUAUACAUGAUUGGAAUCAAUGUUCGACCAGGCAGAGGAAGAUAUAGAGAUACAUUCAUCAUUACAUUAUCCGCUCAUUAUCAAAUACACAACAAAUCAACGUAUACUUUACAAUUUGCUCAGAAAUGUUUCGCAUCUACAGUUAGUGAUCCUGGAGCAAAAGCUACCUAUUUACAGGCUAUGCCGAACUGUAAUUUACCAUUUCAUUGGCCUCGUCUUGAUAAAGAUCAAUUGCUGUGUUUACGAAUGCUCGAUAUUCCUGGAUGUCUUUGGUCGGGCGGAUUUAAAGUUACUAAUGAUGCAUUUCAUAUUAAUAUAAGAGAUCAAGAAGGCAGAAUGCAUUUCCUCAGGGUUGAAAUCGUAUUACAAGACGCUACUUAUUUCAUUAUAUUUCUCGAUGCGGAAACAAUGCCUCCACCAUUGAGAAUCGAUAACUUUUCUCAAGUCAAUUUGCAUUUUCAUCAGCUGAUGUCCGAUAAACAUUGCGUUGUUCGAGCUCAUUCAUCCAUUCCGUAUGCUUGGGAUGAGCCUGUAUUACCUCAUACUCUGACAUUAAUCGCCCCAGGUGGCGUCUCCGCUAAUUACAACGUGAAUCAAUUGGGUAAAGCGGCAGAUUUAACAUACGAAAACUUCAUAUAUAUCGCUUUUACCGCCACCUUCAAUAAUGUAACCGGAAACGAAAACGAUGGAAACACGUUAGACGUACAGCAACAGCAGCUUGUCCUUGAUGUAUUGCCAAAUUCUGACCGAGUUGUGUUGAAUCAAAAAGAAAUCGGAGCUAGGUCACAAUUUUGGAGAAUGACUGGAACAGGUCAGCUUCAGCAUGAAGGUUCGAGUCCUCCUGUGGAUCCUAGAACCAAACGAACCUCGGAAGCUGAUAACGUUAUGGUGUUGGAUAUAGCUGGACCAGCAUUACAACCGAAAGAAUUCGUUGGAUUGGCUUUGCGGAAACCGAGUCAGCGAAGAUUAUCGACGCAGACGUGGCGAUUUACUGAAGAUGGUAGAUUGUGCUGCGCGCAUAAUAAUAUGUGCGUUCAAGCGAAAGAUGGAUUUUUUGGUUUGAGAAAAGGAAAUUAUGCUGUCCUGGGACCGACACAGAAAGAAAGCUUGAACGUAACACCCAACGGCGUACCUUUUGAAGAAGCCAUUACGAGACAGAAAUUGAGACCUGGUUCUGGAUUCCUCUCAGUAAAUAUUUCCACAGAUGGGCCCACCAGAGUUGUCGAAAUCACUGAUAUUCAAGAUAAAAAAACGUGUGCUCUUGUAAAAGAUUGCGAUUGGGUAUACGUUGAUAAAAUCGAACGACCUGCCAUCAUUACCAAAGAUGCCAUGAAACCCUAUGAUUCGAAAGAACUGGAACUGAAUAUUGAUUUAAAUUACGGCAUUGGUUUGAGUCUGAUUUCGAAAAAACCUGCCGAAGAGUUGGUAUUCUGCAGAAUGGCCGGUAUAAUGCUCCAGUAUGUGCGUACUUUCCAUAAAGAAUGCGUCGAUCUAUGUAUUCGAGAUGUUCAAAUCGAUAAUCAACUAUUCGAGGCACAAUGCGAUGUGCUAUUGUAUGUGAUGCCAAAUAAUCGCAAUACCGAGCCUGAAGAAGCAUCUAGACCAGCCUUACAAAUGUUUUACGAACGAACUUUGAAUAAUUUCAACGUGUCGUCGAGAGCUGAAAUUAUCAAAUCGUUGAUAGUACGAGUGAAAAACUCGUGUUUGAUAUUGGAAGAAAGACUGCUACUGAAAUUAGUAUUAUUUUUCGGAUACAAACCUACCGAUCAAGAGCUUGAAAAUAUCGAAGAGAAUGAUUUCGAAACACAACAAAUUUUAGCUGACGUGGCUUCCGUUCAUUCGAAAAGAUAUUACUUUGAAAUUUUGGAAUUAGUUUUGGGACAACUGAGACUGAGUGUUUUGACGAAUAACAAAUUAGCUCCUCAACUCCGAGCCAUCAAACGGAAAUUUGGUCUGACUUUGUUGAAAUUUGAAGAUGCUACGCUCGAUUUGAAACCCUUCAUGAGGUUUCAUUUCUUCGAAACCAGUCGCUACGUUAUUCAUACUAUUGCGAAGCAUUUCCGCGACGAAUUGAAAUGGCAAUCUGGUAAAAUCCUAGGAUCGGUGGAUUUCCUCGGUAAUCCCGUUGGUUUCGUGAACGAUUUAUCAGAGGGUGUUUCGGGAUUGAUAUACGAAGGAAAUGUCGGAGCGUUGGUUCAAAAUAUAACUCACGGAUUAUCUAAUUCCGCCGCCAAAGUAACAGAAACGCUAUCAGAUGGAUUGGGACUAAUAACGAUGGACGAGCAACAUGAGGAAACAAGACGACGUAUACGUGGUGUACGAUCUGGUACCAGUGGUGAUCAUUUAGCAGCUGGCUUUAAAGGCUUGGCUUUUGGACUUUUAGGCGGCGUCACCAGUUUAGUGAGGCAAACCUACGAAGGGGCGUCCAACGAAGGUGUUCAGGGUUUCGUCACCGGCCUAGGUAAAGGUUUGGUAGGUACGGUUACAAAACCAGUCGUAGGUAUGCUAGAUUUAGCUUCAGAAACAGCGAGUGCGGUUAGAGAUUCGAGUAGAAGUUCCAGUAAAAUAAUUCCAAAUAGAUUACACAAACCGCGUUGCGUUAUGGGACCUACAGGAUUGUUACCGCUGUAUUCAGCUAAACAAAGUUUAGGACAAGAGCUUCUCUACAUGAUCAACCAUCAUAAUUAUUCCGAAGUAUUUAUCGCAUACGACGUUCUAAGAACUAGCGGAGAAAACUUUCAAAUAAUCGUUUCGAAUGAAAAAGUACGAGUGUUUACGCGGACCAACACGUUGGUUCUUGAAGCCCAUCUCAGAGAUCUAUUCGUAUGCCAACCACUAAUACAAGAUACUGGUAGAGAAGUUACCGUAUACAUAGAAUUACAUCUGCGAGGAGAAUCUCAUACCUAUAAUAAACCUGCGAAAAGGCCUCGAGUGAGGUGUGAUAACGAAAGCGUAGCUGCUUGGAUUUCCGAGCAAGUGAAUUACGCCAUCAACAUGUACAUCGAAAGGCAACACACUUUAGUUCCUUUAGCUGAUAAUUCCAGUGAUGAGUAGGCAAUAACGAUCAAUUUCUUUCCUCUUAAAUGUGAUUUCAUUUUACGCAGUCAUUAGUUGAAUACUUUUUUAAAUCAAAUUUAUUACUUCGGUGUUAGUUUUAUUUUUAUUCGUGUAAUAUUUUUAGAAGUUCAAUUUUUUUCAUACCCAAGACAAACGAAACGUUUUAGCAUUUAUUACUAAAUCGUGUUGUGGCACUGAUCUCACUCGUUUAAAUUUCAUUUGUUUUUUGUUUUUUUCUUUUUAUAUAUUUACAUUUUUAAACAAUAUGUUCAAAUAAAUUACUUUUUUUUUCGAA